CUCUAUCCCUCUCUCUCUCUCUCACACUCUCUCUCUCUCUCUCUCUUUCACACAGACACACACACACACAAGAAAUAAAGCCCUUUUUCUAGUUUACAGCAACAUAUGAACAAAUUGUAGAGCAAUUUAAGUCAUUCUGCCACGAACCCAAAAUUUUGUUUCUUCUUCUUUCUCGGAAGCGAUUUCUUGGCCGAAGGGGAAGAUCGAGAGAUGGGGCGGAGACAGAAGAACACGAGCACCCUCCAAAUCCAAACGGCAGCGUUCUUGCCAAUGCUGUGCUCAAGACCGUCGAUAAAGAACGUGACGAUCCCAAAAUCACAGUCCCUCUCCCUCCAAGAUCAAGAAGACGACGACCCUUUGUCCCCAAAGAUAAGCUGCAUCGGCCAAGUCAAGCGCAACAACAGGAUCACCAACCUCCCGACCGCCGCCAAGCUCGCAAUCACCACCUCCAAACGCCAUAACCACAACCAUUACUUCAAGCUCAGACGCCUCUUCUCCGGCACGACCCUUUCCCUCACUCUAUCGAAACCCAGCAAGAUUACUCCAAGAAGAUCGCAAGAGUCGGCGAAGAAAAGCAAAGGGUCCAAGAUCGAUGAGAGGAACAAAGGGUUCGUGUUGGACGUCGUGGACAUGGAUCCGCCAUUGCCGGUGGUGAAGAAGAAGCAAAACGGCGAGGAAAAGGCGCCGCCGCCGGAGAAUCUGUGGAAGAGGAGAUCCGGUGGCUUGGAACUCGGGAGUUUGCAGAUUCAGCAGAUACAGGACAGGACACGUCAUCAGAUGCAGUUAAUUACAUCUGUUUGAUUGGUCCAUCCGCAGAUCUUGUCUUCAUGGGAUCUUUAUCAACGUAGAAAUCAAAUGAGGUUUUUUUUUUUGUAUUGGAUUCUGUACAAAUUCAAAAUGAAACUUAAUUAGUUUGUGGUUUCUC